CUUCUUUUAAGUUGCAUUUAUUCUUUCUUCUACCACAACGCGUACUACAGCCGUCUUGGUGGUUAUCCCUUACAGGAACAUUGGAAAUUACUGUACCGUAAUUAAUUACAAACUCACCCCUCAUAAGAUGAGUUCGAUUCGGCCCAAAUGAAUGACUACUAUUCCACUAGGCUUUCUCUCACCCAUCCACCGCUCUAACCGACCUUCUUCCUCGUAUUUAACCCACCUCGCAGGACGAGAUACUUAACGCUGAACACUAGUUACAUUGGCAGUCCUAUAUGCAUUAAGAGCUCUGCAUACACUCGCAAGUAAAAAAAAGGGAAUCAUGUCUCGAAGGCCUAUACCCACCGCCACCACGCUUACCGUGCGACCGCUCGACCACGUCCCAGACGACACCUGCCCGGUGUGUAAUCGCAUACGAUAUCUGAAUACAGAAAUGGAAUUCUUAAUCAACCCAGAGUGCUAUCAUCCAAUGUGCAUCAACUGUGUCAAUAACAUCUUCAGCAAAGGGCCCGCGCAAUGCCCCGUGGCCACCUGCACCAAGACCCUGCGCCAGCGCGGCUUCCGCUCGGCCUUUUUCAAGGACCUCAGGAUCGAGCGUGAGGUCGACCUGCGCCGCCGCGUUCAAGCUGUUUUCAACAUGACCCAGGACGACUUCGUCUCGCUUCGCGACUACAACGACUACCUGCAGCAGGUGGAGGACCUGACUUUCGACUUAGUUAAUGGAGACGAGACAGAGCAGCGGAAUGCAGAGCAGAAGCUGCUUGCGUACGAGCAGAAACACAAGGAUGAUAUCGAGAAGAAUAAGAAGAAAGGCCGCGAAGCAGAUUCCCUGCGCAAACAGCGCGAAGCUGCCGAAGCGGAAGCAGCGCGCCAACGCAGACUCGAAGACCAGCGGGAAGAAGAGCGCGCCCGCGCCGAAGAAGCCUCCAUAAACACCGAAGUCAUGGAAGCUCUCGAGCGAGGCGAACCCGGCACCGCCGCAGAAAUCCAAGCGCGCAUCAUCGCGCAGAAGCGAGCGCGCGUCGCCGAGAUCGCAGGCUCGAACUUCCCAAGCCUACUCAACGCAUCCGACACACCCGCCCCCACAUCCACCGACACACUCCUCUCGAUCCGGGGUCUCAAAGACAAAUCCAAGCGCGACGAGGGCGCCGAUUACUACCUCCGACCAUACGACGCGUUCGCAGGCUUAGACCUCAAACCCACGCGGUACGAGCUGCACGAGCGCUAUGAUAACCCCUGGCUCGAGGACGCGCGCAGCCGCGACGACCAUCGCGUCCCUGGAUACAGCGCCCACGAAUACGAGGCGCGCGCCAUGUUUGAUGCGUUUGCGGGAUUGGGCGUGUUCGUAGCGGAGGAGAAGGCGGAUGCGCAGAAGGCGGUUGGGACGGUGAGUGCGGAGGAGGCGGCGAGGACGGGGAGGACGACAGGGGUGAAAGUUGAGGAGGAUAUUUUUGCUUAGGGGGGGGGGGGGUAGUUGAGAGGGGGCAAUAGAAGAUCCUACGUUUGCCCUCCUCCUCCUCCUCCUCAAUCUAAUUGAACCAGUCCGAUUACGAUUAGGAAUAGAAUUUAAAUAUUUCCAAUGUUGGCCCGUGCACAGUGGCCACGAAAAGAUUACAUUCCAAUAGACGAAAUACGAUUAGGAUUACUUCGUAGUAUUUGUUUUUCACGAUUGGCCUGUGCGCAAAGGCUUUCGUCUACA